AUGUAUGCCUGUGUUGAGUGCGGUGCAAGAUCAAGGCACCUGUUUAUGAAAAACUCAACCAUACAGCAGAUCUGCAAGUGUGGGUCGUGUGGGAAAAGAAUGGACAGAUACUUCGAAGUAAACAACUUGAUCAAGCUGAUUGACUUGCUGCUGCUCAAAAGAAGAGUUUUCAGGCAUUACCUGUUCAACAACACGAGUGUGUUCGACAACAAGGCAGCGUAUUGCUUGGCCAUGCUUGGGCUAUUAAUGAUAAGGAGUGUUAUGAUGCCUAUUGCUCAAGAUGAUGAGAUGCCGAUACUGGUGUAUACAACAAGUAAGCUUGCGAAGCUGAUGAUGAUGGAUGAUGUGAUGAAAGCUUGCAAACGAAUGAUUAUGGAGUUUGUCGAGCUUGUGAUGCUGAUUGGUAUGCUGAUGUGUUUGUUCGGCAGGUACACUGGGUUUUUGAGAUUAUCAAAGGCAGUGGUUUUUUCGAGCUUCUACUGCAUGUUCGUGUUUAUUAUGGUGAUGUGGAACUAUAAGCCCCAGGAGUAUCUGAUUGUGAUUGAUUUUAUAUGCAUGAUCUGCAACUCGAUUGUGAUAUCGGAAGUAGUGGGUUUAAACAACGAAACUGCUAUUGCAAGUUUUUGUUGCUGUAGAUUUGCAUCAAAGAUGGCUUGCAAAGGAUUGCUAAGGCUAUUCAAUAAAUUGGUAUAUAUCUACUAG